ACUGGUAGAAUUGUUUGUAUGAGUGACGCAAUACGAUAUUAGCAGAUCACAUACAACUAACAUAAUAUAUAAUUCCCAUUCCUUUUUAUAACCAUCACGUUGGUUUUCGCAUACUGGGUUAGUCCAUCAGGCGAUAGUAUGCUGUUUUGAUUAUCGAAUAUCUAAGCUUACAUUGAAAAUAUGACUAGUCACGAGGCAGCUUAUCAGAGAAAGAAUCUUGUGUUAUCUGAUCCAUCUGGAAGGUUGAACACACUCAUCAAGAACGGUGCCGAAGAAGAGUUGAAGCAUCCACAUGAAUUUGGCAAGGAAGGGCCAACAAAGCCAGCUCAUUGCAGAUUUGCAGGCGCAGAAAACUGUCAUGUAUUAUGUACAAGACUUUGUGGCCUGGCACAACUGGCUCUUUUUCUUGCGGCAUUUGUAGUUGGAGCGUUCGUCUGUUUCGUUCGACAUGAAGAGGACGUAUCUAGCAAUGCCCCCGGAUUCUUUGUAUUCUUCCUCCAUAAACUAAAGCUAUUAGGAUUACAUCAUUUGGUAUCGUUUUUAUUUGGGCUAUGGGAAGGCCUUCCGGAAAAGACACAAAAAUCUGUCACAAAAACGUUAACCUAUGGAACUAUUGGAGCAACCAUAUACCCUGUUUUAGUUUCUAAACCAAAAGCUCAGCCAAAGGAUGGUGAGGAGCAGCAGCCUGAGGAGCCAGUAGUUGACUCUCAUGCGGAUUUGAUGAAAGCGCUAUCCGCAUACGCCAGAGUCGCCUCUUCAGUGAUUCUCUGUGGUCUUUUGGGAUACGAUGCCUCUCGUAAUUUCAAACUUCUUUUUCAUGUAUUCCCAAAGUUUGCGUAAUUACAACGCUUGUAAAUAGUAUU